UUUAUAGAGGAUCUUUGACUCAAGUUUUGGUAAUAGAUACUGAAAAUCAUGGCGACUUGUCCAGGGUGUACGCCGCCUUCCGCCCGAUUGUAGCUGAGAUAGGCUCCAGCGACCCUGAAGGGAAUAAGCGCUAGGAAAUGGAUGGAUGGAUACUGAAAAUCAGCAAAGAUCCUCUAUACGACAGGCACUCUGCUGUUUAACAAAACUGUGGAAAAAAACAAAACAAAAUUAGUCAAAGAUCCUCCAUACAACAGGAGCACCCUGUGUUAUGGACCUCCUGCAAAAACACUAUGCAAAGAUCCUCUAUACAACAGGAGCGCUCUGCUAUUAAUAACCAUCUGCAAAAAAAAUUCUCCCAUCAAAGAUCCUCUAUACAAAAGGAGUGCUCUGCUAUUAAUGACUAUCUGUAAAAAAAAGUCUCCCGUCGAAGAUCCUCUAUACAACAGGAGCGCUCUGCUAUUAAUGACCAUCUGCAAAAAAGUCUCCCGUCAAAGAUCCUCUAUACAAUAAGAGCGCGCUGCUAUUAUUGACCAUCUGCAAAAAAACAUUAUCCCGUCAAAGAUCCUCUACACAACAGGAGCAACCUGCUAUUAAUUACCAUCUGCAAAAAAGUCUCCCAUCAAAGAUCCUCUAUACAACAGGAGCGCUCUGCUAUUAAUGACCAUCUGCAAAAAAAAGUCUCCCAUCAAAGAUCCUCUACACACAGGAGCAACGUGUUAUUAAUGACCAUCUGCAAAAAAAGUCUCCCGUCAAAGAUCCUCUAUACAACAGGAGCGCUCUGCUAUUAAUGACCAUCUGCAAAAAAAGUCUCUGGUCAAAGAUCCUCAAUUCACAGGAGCACUCUGCUAUUAAUGACCAUCUGCAAAAAAAGUCUCUCGUCAAAGAUCCUCUAUACAACAGGAGCGCUCUGCUAUUAAUGACCAUCUGCAAAAAAAGUCUCUCGUCAAAGAUCCUCUAUACAACAGGAGCACUCUGCUAUUAAUGACCAUCUGCAAAAAAAGUCUCUCGUCAAAGAUCCUCUAUACAACAGGAGCGCUCUGCUAUUAAUGACCAUCUGCAAAAAAAGUCUCUGGUCAAAGAUCCUCAAUACACAGGAGCACUCUGCUAUUAAUGACCAUCUGCAAAAAAAGUCUCUGGUCAAAGAUCCUCUAUACAACAGGAGCACUCUGCUAUUAAUGACCAUCUGCAAAAAAAGUCUCCCGUCAAAGAUCCUCUAUACAACAGGAGCACUCUGCUAUUAAUGACCAUCUGCAAAAAAAGUCUCUGGUCAAAGAUCCUCUAUACAACAGGAGCACUCUGCUAUUAAUGACCAUCUGCAAAAAAAGUCUCCCGUCAAAGAUCCUCUAUACAACAGGAGCGCUCUGCUAUUAAUGACCAUCUGCAAAAAAAGUCUCUGGUCAAAGAUCCUCAAUACACAGGAGCACUCUGCUAUUAAUGACCAUCUGCAAAAAAAGUCUCUCGUCAAAGAUCCUCUAUACAACAGGAGCGCUCUGCUAUUAAUGACCAUCUGCAAAAAAAGUCUCUGGUCAAAGAUCCUCAAUACACAGGAGCACUCUGCUAUUAAGGACCAUCUGCAAAAAAAGUCUCCCGUCAAAGAUCCUCUAUACAACAGGAGCGCUCUGCUAUUAAUGACCAUCUGCAAAAAAAGUCUCCCAUCAAAGAUCCCCUAUACAAUAAGAGCGCGCUGCUAUUAAUGACCAUCUGCAAAAAAAAGUCUCCCGUCAAAGAUCCUCUAUACAACAGGAGCGUUCUGUUAUUAAUGACCACCUGCAAAAAAGUCUCCCAUCAAAGAUCCUCUAUACAUAAGGAGCGCUCCGCUAUUAAUGACCACCUGCAAAAAAAGUCUCCCAUCAAAGAUCCUCUAUACAUAAGGAGCGCUCUGCUAUUAAUGACCAUCUGCAAAAAAAAGUCUCCCGUCAAAGAUCCUCUAUACAACAGGAGCGCUCUGCUAUUAUUGACCACCUGCAAAAAAGUCUCCCGUCAAAGAUCCUCUAUACAACAAGAGCGCUCUGCUAUUAAUGACCAUCUGCAAAAAAAGUCUCUGGUCAAAGAUCCCCAAUUCACAGGAGCAACGUGUUAUUAAUGACCAGCUGCAAAAAAAAAGUCUCUCAUCAAAGAUCCUCUAUACAACAGGAGCGCUCUGCUAUUAAUGACCAUAUGCAGAAAAAGUCUCCCAUCAAAGAUCCUCUAUACAACAGGAGCGCUCUGCUAUUAUUGACCACCUGCCAAAAAAGUCUCUGCUCAAAGAUCCUCAAUAUACAGGAGCAACGUGUUAUAAAUGACCACCUGCAAAAAAAGUCUCCCAUCAAAGAUCCUCUAUACAUAAGGAGCGCUCUGCUAUUAUUGACCACCUGCAAAAAAGUCUCCCGUCAAAGAUCCUCUAUACAACAAGAGCGCUCUGCUAUUAAUGACCAUCUGCAAAAAAAGUCUCUGGUCAAAGAUCCUCAAUUCACAGGAGCAACGUGUUAUUAAUGACCAGCUGCAAAAAAAAAGUCUCCCAUCAAAGAUCCUCUAUACAACAGGAGCGUUCUGCUAUUAAUGGCCACCUGCAAAAAAGUCUCCCAUCAAAGAUCCUCUAUACAACAGGAGCGCUCUGCUAUUAUUGACCACCUGCCAAAAAAGUCUCUGCUCAAAGAUCCUCAAUAUACAGGAGCAACGUGUUAUAAAUGACCAUCUGCAAAAAAGGUCUCUCGUCAAAGAUCCUCUAUACAACAGGUGCGCGCUGCUAUUAAUGACCAUCUGCAAAAAAAGUCUCUGGUCAAAGAUCCUCUAUACAUGACCAGGGAGUCUUCCUUGUACAGGAUCUCUGAGCUUGUGCAAGCAGGUAGUGUUAAAAGUCACCUUCAUUACGGUGUCCGAGUGAUGGCUCCUGUCUUCUGACAACCAUCCCUGCAACCCCCCCCCCCUGUCUUUGACCCGCUCUCAAGCAGCGACUCCCCCUCCUGCUCCCAUCAGUGUGCAGUAGAUGAGAGGCCGACAUGUGUUGGACCUGCAGGACCUCCUUGGUGCUCCUCACGGGGCUCCUGGCUCUCUCCUUCUCUCCUCAGGCCGACUCGGCGGCCGUGCUUAGCGGCCAGGACGCCGCCGAGGAGCCGCCGGGUCCGCUGAGGAAGGUGUUCAUGAAGGAGGCCGACGCCUCGGACUUCUUCAGGCGGCGCAGCAGACGGGCGGUGAAGUCGCCCGACGAGCUGAGUGCCGAGCAGCGGCAGAUCCAGGCCGCCGACGAGCGCAGGAGGGAGUUCCACGAGGAGAAGAGGAACGAGUUUGAGAGCUACGCUGAAGAGGAGGACAACGAACAGAGCGAGAGGACCCGAGAGAGCACGGAGCAGUGGAGGGAGUUCCACUACGAUGGCAUGCAUCCCCCUUACGAGUACAACCGUCAGACCAACUAAAAUGGCGUGAGCGUGCUUAUGUUAACCCUUUGAAGUUUGGCUCAAAGAUGCUUAUGUUAACCCUUUGAAGUUUGGCUCAAAGAUGCUUAUGUUAACCCUUUGAAGUUUGACUCAAAGAUGCUUAUGUUAACCCUUUGAAGUUUGUCUCAAAGAUGCAACGACACGCUAGAGUAAGACUUGUUUUGUUUUUUAAUACACGACAUUUUUGCAUCGACAUGCAACACAUGCAUCUGGGGACUUCACAGUUUCUUCCAUAUAUAUAUAUACAUAUAUAUAUUUAUAUUUUGGUGCUUUGUGAGGGGAGGACGACAAACAUUGAGAAAAGAAACAUUCCAGACUGCAGUAAACGUUUCGGUUUUGUAUUUACAGCAAACUGAGGCUCAGUUGAUUUAUUUACUCACCAUAAAUUACAAAAAGUUAAGGUGAACUGCACUUUUGUUUUGGGGGGGCGAGGGGGAUUUUGCCCAUCAUUCGCAAUCAAAAGUCCGCUUACAAUGGAGCCUAUGAGAGUCUGCCGAAAAAAACGCAGAAAAAAACACCCAAACACCUCCACCGAGGUUUUAUGUACACGCUGUAAGUAUAUUUGUAAUGUACCAACAUUCAUAAUUACAGGCACUAUUUACCACAUUUUGCUCGUUUUAAGCAUACAGCGUACAAAACGUUCACUUUCCCCUUCGACAACAUCACUGAUUGUUACUCAUGCAGACUUGAGAGCCAAAAGACAUAAUAAAACAUCACUUACUGUACAAGGUCUGCUGUCAUUAAGAUGCCGACUGCUACGAUGUUCACAUAUUUCCGUUUUGAUGAAGAAUGACUCAAAAAGGGGGCGAAAUCAAGCGUCUUUUUGGGUCAUUCUUGCCAUUUCCGGGUUUAAAUUUGAUGCCAAAGUUGACCAACUUGUUGGAUUUUGUCCUCAACAUCACUGAUUGUUACUCAUGCAGACUUGAUGAGUGCCAAAAGACAUAAUAAAACAUCACUUACUGUACAA